CGAGGCCCCUUUUCCCCGCCCUCCCUCCGUCCGCCGGGCGCAGCCGCGGCGGAGCGGAGCCGCAGGGCCGGCGCCUGAGAAGGAACAAGGCACUGACUAAAGGCAAAAGAAGCAGAGCUGAAGAAAGAUUAUCUCUGCUUGCAGAUCAUAAAAAAGUUUACAAUGGCAAUGCUCUGGAAAUUCAUGAGAGUAGCUAAGUACUCUAAAACAGCUUUAUCACCAAAAGUAAAGGUAAGAGGAAUUCCCACCCAUUCAAGGCAUUCUUCAUCCAAGUCUGCACCUUCAGAUUUUGCUGCCAGUGCACCCUGCUCAAAUACUGUGGAACUGCUCGGUAAAUCUUAUCCUCAAGAUGACUACAGCAACGUCACAGAGAAGAUUCUUUCCAAGGUGGGGAAGAACUUGCACAACAGAAAGCAUCACCCUUUGUGGCUAAUCAAGGAGCAGGUGAAGGAGCACUUCUACAAACACUAUCUAGGACGCCGUGGGACUCCGCUCUUUUCUGUGUAUGACGGUCUUUCUCCAGUGGUUACAGUCCAGCAGAAUUUUGAUAGUUUACUUAUUCCACAAAACCAUGCCAGCAGAAGGAAAGAGGAUAACUAUUACUUGAAUCGUGACCACAUGCUAAGAGCUCAUACAUCAGCUCAUCAGUGGGACUUGAUACACUCUGGCCUAGACGCCUUUCUGGCAGUGGGAGAUGUCUACCGCCGAGACACGAUUGAUAACACCCACUACCCAGUCUUCCAUCAGAUGGAGGGAGUGCGCCUCUUCUCCUGCCACGAGCUGUUCUCCAGCAUUAAAGAUGGUGAAGGUUUACAGCUGUUUGAGCAAGGCCAUCGCACUGCACACAAGCAGGAGUGUCACACCAUGGAAGCAGUGAGGCUGGUGGAGUUCAACCUGAAGCAGGUGCUCACGAAGCUCAUGACUCACAUCUUUGGUGAUGGACUGCAAGUCAGAUGGGUAGAUUGCUACUUCCCAUUUACUCACCCUUCCUUUGAGAUGGAGAUCAACUUCCAAGGAGAAUGGAUGGAGGUCCUGGGCUGCGGGGUGAUGGAGCAGCAGCUUGUUAACUCAGCUGGUGCUCAGGAUAAAAUUGGCUGGGCAUUUGGCUUGGGUUUGGAGAGGCUGGCCAUGAUCCUGUACGAUAUCCCUGACAUCCGACUGUUCUGGAGUGAAGAUGAACGCUUCUUGAAACAAUUUAUUGGGCCUCACAUUUGGCAAAAAAUAAAGUUUCAGCCACUCAGCAGAUACCCACCUUUGAUCAAUGACAUCUCCUUUUGGCUGCCUUCUGAGACAUACUCUCAGAAUGAUUUCUAUGAUUUGGUUCGAACCAUUGGUGGAGACUUGAUAGAAAAGGUUGUUCUACUGGAUGAAUUUGCACAUCCAAAUGUCAUGGAAGUGUUGAAAAGACGCUUACCCAGAGAGUAGAUGUCACCAAUACAGUUUAGCUUUGACUAGCAUGUAAAUGGGACUCCAGAGUUUUCAUAAAUGCCAACAUCAUUAAAAGGACAUUCUUAAUAUCAGUAACUGCAACAGCUGAGCAUUUAAAAUGCAACCUGAAUCCUGAUCUAUUUUCCUUCCUUAGCCCUUUGCUCCUUGUUGGGUUCAUAUAAAAGCAAACUGACUAAUCAGAGGUAAUCUGUGAUUGAGUCCAACAAAUCCACUUGAAUUGGUACCACUGCAAACAAAAUUCUCCCCUGGUAUACCUCCCUGAGUGGUAUUUUUGUUUUACAAAGAAAAUAUUAAGAACUAAUUAACAGUUUUUCAUGUCCAGCUCCAGGUCUGAUCCUGUGAGCUGAUACAUGCAUUCAGUUCUUGGGGAACCUAGAGGGAGGGAGAGGAAGAUGAUGGUAAGCUGCAGAUCAGAUUCUUAUGCAGAGUGUGCACAAUGAAAGUAAAUUCCACAUUCACACAAAGUAAAUUCUUCCUGAAUAUGAACAGGAAUACAAUUACAUUUCUUCACCGAAGUAUUUAACAAAGAUGAUUUUUAACAGCAUGGAAUAUGUUAGAUAAACUUUAAGUGCUAAUAAAAGAAUGCCUCCAUUGUGCAGAAGGUAAGUCCAACAUAUGACAUAGUAAGAGUCCUGAAAAAUAGAUAUUGCUUUAUUGGUUAGGUUUUCAGUUUUAUUUGUAACUCAAAAAAAUACAUUUUAAAAACAGUAAUGAAUCAUUUAACAGCUUCAUUUGUAACAUGCUUAAUAUACUACUUUUUCUGCUUUCCCAUUGAAUUUGUAUGUAGGGUGAUUUAGUGAUUUUUGUUUGGACCUAGCCAAUGUCCGCUCCAAUUUACAUCAAGACAGUCAUAAAAUUAAAACAAUAAAUAAUUUGUGUGACAGAUUCUUUCAAUAUUACCUCAAUUCUUGCUCUGGCUUAUCAAGGGUGAUAUUUAUUAUAAGCCUAAAGGGCAUGGAAUUAAAACCCAUAUGAAUUAGCAGAAGAAUCCAAACCAGCAGUGGAAGUCGAUUUCAUAGCAUGUGUGCCUCCUUGCAUAGCUAAGUAGGAAGGUUCUGUCAUUAGAGCCAAUAAAACAGCUUUGGGAUAGAUGGCAGGCAGCAAGAAAAGCGUGCUGAACAUCCCUGUAAAAUAUAUUCUUACACCUAGGAGCUGAAGUACAGGAAGCAGCCUCCACAACUUUGUGUUUAGACUUUAUAUCCCAUUACACACACACUAAACGCAUCCAAACAGCAAAUGAUAUUCCCACAUUAACUGUCCAUUUUCCCUCUAUCUCCACAAUAAACUCUGGAAAAAUCUUUCUGGUGGUCUUCUAAAAGAAAAAAUUGCUGUCUUGACAAAGAAAGCAAUUUAAGUCAGGAGCCUGAUACAGAGUUACUUGCAGGAGGGAAGCAAGCACUUGUGAAAGGGCUCUUGCUGCCAGCACAGUAAUGGGGGUGGCUAUUGCCUGAGUGAAUUUCAUGUGAAGAGGGAAUGACUGGAGGUUGGUUUUUCUCACAUUUUGAGAUGAGGGUUCCCUAGAUACCAUGUGGGUGCAGGACUCUGAGCUUGGCCUUCCACAAAGGCCAGUUUUUAAACCCUGGGCUGGGAUUUUGAGAGUUUCACGGGUGGAAGGAAGAUGAUUUAUGCCUCUCUUUGGAGUUGGAGAACUGGCUAAAUCACCAUGCUUUUCUCCCUGUCUUUUCUCAACAGGUCUAUUUGAUUUGAUUUUGUGCUUUCACGCCUUGUUCUGUGAGAACCGAGAGUAGAGACAAAAUUCACAUUGCAGGAAUUUAAAUUCAGCUCUUUUUGUAUGGUUUUUGCCUUUGUAAAGGGGUGCACAGGCUUUGAAAUGCCUCUCUCUCUCUGCCUUUCUUGCUGCCAUAGUCUAAACUGUGUCCUGUGUGACAUUAAAAUGUGCAUUCAGUGCUUGUAUUUCUCUAGUAGAGGUAGCAACCUUUGCAGAAGAGUUUUUUUGUACAGCCUCCUCCUCUGGAAAACCAAUACAGAAAAUCUCCAGGGCAGUUCAUCAAAAUAAAUGUAUGAAAUCUUCAGGCUCUUUUCCCAAAAUAGGCCCUCCUCUAUGUGCACACAGACAUGUUCCUGUAAGGAAACUUUCCAGAGACAUAUCUGACAAGCUUUUCCUUCUGUGCUCCAUGUAAUGAAAAUCUUCCACUUCGUUGAUUUGGGAUCAACAGUUCUUGCUUUAAACAUGAGCUUGGACUUGUAUUCCACUAACAGAAUAUUUUCAUUCUGGGUUUUGGGAAGCACCUUAUGCAGGCAGGAAAUCUUAAAAAGUCCUGCAACACCCACAUUUGACAAGUCUGCCUGGAGUCAUUCAGAUGUUCAGAAGUGAAUUUUGUUUCUUUUGCACCUGGAUAUAGGAUCAUAGCUUCACAAGGCUCCUGCUAAAGGAAAGUACUGAAGUUAAAAUUUUAUUUGCUGUCUUUAAGCUCCUGAUCCUGUAGUAGUUGUGUGCCUUUUGAAGGAGUACAUGUGUAAUUCCCCCUCACAAAAAUACAUUCUGCAGCUGUGUCCCUGCAAAGGAGCAGGAGGAAAGCCACAUGGCCACCCACUCUCUUGGUGUACCAGAAAGAAAGAGAAGCUCAUGGAAGGACCAAAGCCUGGUGGUGAGCUAAUCUCAGUAUCAUCUGAUUUCCUCUGUUGAAGAGAGGAGGAGCCCAGUGCAGUCCUUCAACCAUAUCCCUCUUGAAUUUGCUCCCAUUUUAAGACUUUAUGGUUACUAGCAUCAGGGAGUUCUUCAAGUGAUCCUCAAUACCAUCACUCAUCUCCCUUAUCAGUUUACCUUCAGUUUACCUACUUUCACCUGCAAACUUUGUGAUGUUACUCCUCUUUCAAGUGCAGUCAGUGAGUGUGCCCUCCUACUUAGCCCUUGUCUGAUUUUCCUGUGACCUUACAAUGGUUUAUGUCAUGGAAUACAUGGAUAUAACACUUAGGUCUGCUGUUUGCUCCAUAAUUCUGCAUGUUCAGCUUUAGGGUUGGGUUCUGCUUGUCAUGGUGGUACUGGGCAUCUCAUUGACUUCAACAAAACCAUGCUAGUAGUGAGGUGAUGCUCACUAUAUAUAUAUACUAUAUUUGUGUAUGUAUAUGUGGGGCUUUUUUUGCUUCCCACCUACCUUUCUUUUGCACACUCCCUUCCUAAGGGAAUUUCAUAAAUAAAUUACUGAUGAUCUAGGCAUAGAGAAGCAGACUGAGGAGUAGGAUUUAAAAAUAGCUUGAUGCCUGUAAAAUGGAUCAUUUUCGCAGUUAAACUAUUUUUGCUCUUGUCUCAGAGGAAUGUUGAAAGUGGAAGGAAAAUGUUUUUGCAACAGAAAUUAUUGGCAAUUUUCAACAAACACAAAAGUAUUGGAAGUACUUGGGUUUUUUUUCUUUCUGAAUUCUACCAAUGUGAAAGUUAAACCAAGAUGUAUAGUUGUUUCCUCAAAAUUCAGUUUCAAUAUUUAUAUGUGUUCUUUGGGCUCUGUUAUUUAUUUGGAAAAUCACAAUUGUCUCUUUAAAAAUGUAAAUGCAAAUGGAAGAUCUAAAUAAAAGGCUUGCCUUGCCUGUUGAAAGCCUGUUCAUGAGCUGGUUUGAGAACAGGGAGCAGUCUAACACAGCAGUACAGAACCUGGCACAGGCUGCAAACUUUCCCAGGAAGCAGCAGGGCACAUUUACUGUGUGUGGGCAUCCCCACGCUCGCCUGUGCUCAGUUGUUUAAUCAUGACACUGUUUUGUGAUUGCUUAAUGGCUGUUGCAUUUUGGAAAGAAAGCACAAAUGAAUCAGAUUCUCUCAUGCUUCCAGCCAGACAAACAUCCCAAAUCCCACAAACUUCUACUUGGUCUCCCAUGAGUCUCUGUAACUAUGAGGAGCAGAAAAAGAAUUGCUUACAAAAUAAAUGUAUUGCAAAGUGAACCCAGCUCAGUGUUCUCUCGGCUUUCUUAUGGGUUACAGGCUAGCAGUAUCAUUCACAUUGCAGUAACUCACACGGAAGUUUUCAGU